UUAGUUUUCGGGGCUAAGACGAGAAGCUUCUGCCGUAAGCCAUCUUUUUUGGCCAUCCUGAGGCGCUGAACUAUAAAUAAUGUAGAGCCGAGUGGAUACGGCACAGUCACAUUUCUACAUUCGUGGUGUGGAUUUGGUUCUGAGCAAAAUGAAACUUCUCAUCGCUUUCGCCCUGGUGGCAGUGGCCAGCGCAGAUGUGUCGCAUCUGUUCUCGCACAGCAACAACCUGCAGGAGGAUGGCUACCACUACGGCCCUCCCCGUACUCCCCUCGUGAUCGACGUGCCGGUGCCCCAUGAGUCGGCCCCUCCUCCAGUGGUCUAUGUGCCCCCCAAAACGACUCCUCGUCCGGUCUACCACGCUCCACCCCCACCACCACCACCACCACCAACUAAGCGUGUGGUCUACACCCCACCCCCACCACCACCACCGAAGAAGGUCGUCUACACGCCACCACCCACUGGUAUCCUGAAGGACGAUGGCUACCACUACGGAGCUCCUUCCAUCCGUUUUGAGGCUACCGUGCCCCCACCAGUGUAUGUGCCUCCCCCAACCAAGAAGUACAUCCCUCCCCCACCACCACCACCACCAACCAAGAAGUACGUGCCUCCUCCACCACCCCCAACCCCCAAGAAGGAGUACCUGCCCCCUCCAGUUGUGCACGUCCCCGUGCCCACACAGAAGGUCGUGGUCUACACCCCACCCCCACCACCACCACCGCCACCAACUAAGCGCGUAGUCUACACCCCACCCCCACCACCACCACCGAAGAAGGUCGUCUACACCCCACCUCCCACUGGAAUCCUGAAGGAUGAUGGCUACCACUACGGAGCUCCUUCCAUCCGUUUCGAGGCUACCGUGCCCCCACCAGUGUAUGUGCCUCCCCCAACCAAGAAGUACAUCCCACCCCCACCACCACCACCACCAACCAAGAAGUACAUCCCUCCCCCACCACCACCACCACCAACCAAGAAGUACGUCCCUCCUCCACCACCCCCAACCCCCAAGAAGGAGUACCUGCCCCCUCCAGUUGUGCACGUCCCCGUGCCCACCAAGAAGGUCGUAGUCUACACCCCUCCCCCACCACCACCACCGCCACCAACCAAGCGCGUUGUGUACACCCCACCCCCACCACCACCAACCAAGCGCGUCGUGUACACUCCUCCCAAGGUCGAGUACCUGCCCCCCGCACCCGUGCAGAAGGGCUACAGCUACCCCAACAACCCCCAGCCCUCGUUCGAAUAUUAAGCUGAUCGAACUCAUUGUAAAUACUCAGAUUAAGUAUUAGCCAUAUAUGGGAACGAAUUGUGAAUCGGUGGCUUGGCCUUUCGCAGGAAAGCCGAAUCCACUGUGAAUAACUCUCUAACAAUAAAUCAAACGAUUUAAAAA